AUGAGCCAGCGUGGUCGUCUACUGCUGCGGCUCCUCCUCCUCUUCUUUUCGCUGAUUUCAUGCGCAGGUUCGUCGUGGCUUUGCCUCCAAAAGGGCUUAAUUGAGGACGCAAGUGACGCGGCCGAAUCGCUCUGACACCCCAUAAUUUUCGGAUUCUCGCGCAUUCGCCUAAUGGACGCUCAAAAACAUAUUGCUUUGACAGGGCUGCCCGCGACGGAAAACGUCCUAAUUGCUCUGCGAUUGCCGCCUUUUUUGACGGGUUGCAAUCGAAGCUACUUUGCUUUUUCCCGAUCGUACCCGGAAAAGGGGGCUAAUACCCUGUGUCACCCAUAAAAAGGCGCCACAUGUCGCCAGUUCUCACUUCCGCACCGUCCAUAAAAUGCGUGUUUGUGACCUGCGAGGCGCCAUUCUCAUUCGAAUAUCUCCACACCCAUAACUUUCGCUUAUUCCCUUCAGAAGGCAUUCACACAUUGGCACCCAAGAAGGCCGCCUCCGAACGUUUGGUGCCCAUCGGAGCGACGACUGCUUUGGAGUGCGAACCGUACACGUCUGCGAAUGCCACGUGGUACCGCGAUGAGCACGUCAUUGCCACUGUUGGAGGGCAUCGGAACGCAGUGCUGGACGGAAGAAAGGCACGUGGCGGGGAGCGGAUUCCAGAGAUCGGAUUCCUUGUGAUCUAUGAUGUUCGGAGGGGUGAGUCUGAAAAUGGAUGUGUCGGGAAAGUGUGUUUGGUUCAGAAGACGAAGGAAGAUACUACUGUCGGAGAGAAAACGACACGAAAUGGGGAGAAGUGUUCCAAUUGAAAGUCGCGUUUGUGGACGAAAUCGGAGAAGAAGAAAGGGUCAGAGUGGAGCCGAGCGUUCCGAUCCUCGGGAAGCCAUUGUUGCUCGUUUGUCCGGUUCCGAAGGCAUUUCCUCCACCGAAAGUGACUUGGACUGUGGUGAGAAACUUCCAGAAUGUUCCCAAUGAAUCAGUCCGUGGUCUUUCAGAACUCUCUUCCGAUUUCCCACAUCUCAUCUGAUUACUCCUCUCAUUCCAACGGAACUCUCAUCAUUUCCCACUUCUCCUACCACCACUUCGGCUACUUCGAAUGCCACGUCAACAACUUUGCGGGUCAUGCGACGGCCCACACUUUCAUCGAUUCCCGGGAUUUAGUCUCUUCCAUUGGUAAAAAAGACAAUUCCGUUAUCAUUUGUUGACCCUGUUGUUCAGAAUCCGUGAGGCCACAAACGUACGUUCAUGGCUGCUCAGCUGCUCUCCGAAGUUCGCUGUUCAUGUUCCUGCUUGGAUGUCUCGUUACUUCUGGAGCCGUUCUCAUCUACCUCAUCUGCGCAGUCUGUCUUCUGAAACCCGGCCGUCCUCGUCGUGUACUCCGCCCGACUUUCUGGUCCCGAACGGAUCCCCGUCUGGCUCCUGGCUUCAGAAAAGCCGUCGUUCCUCUUCCGGAUUGCUUUGUGAACGCCCGAAUGCUGCCACAGAGUUCUACAAAUACCUAG